AUGGCCACGCCUGGCUGGGCUCAGAUACGGCAGCAAAUCCGAACUGCUGAAUCGCAGUCAGAAACUCACUUCCACACGCUGGCACAAUAUGCAUCCUCGAAUAACCUGUCCGAAAAGCCUAGCCCGGAGGAGCAGAAUACCGAAGAUGAGCUACUUGAAUUAUUCAGCAAACGUGAAGGACUGAUAGCACAACUCUCCCGCUUGCUUGACUCCGAGUCUGCCUUAAGCACAUCUGCCUUGAAGCAGAACAACUUGACCCGUCACCGCGAACUCCUCACAGAUCACCGGAACGAGCUACGCCGCGUCAAGUCUCAAAUCGCUGAGGCUCGAUCGCGGCAGCACUUGCUAUCCAAUGUACGGAACGAUAUCGCCUCAUCAAGGUCGGCUCAAGAGCAGGAAGCAGAAUACAUGCUCGAGGAACGUGGUCACCUUGAUCAAUCUCAUUCAGUGAUAGACAGUGUAAUAUCUCAGGCGUAUCAGAUCAAUGAGAACUUUGGCAUACAAAGGGAUACGUUGGCUAGUGUGAACAGAAGGAUUACGCUUGCUGCAGCACAACUACCUGGCGUCAACGACCUGAUGAGCAGAAUAGGGUCUAAGAAAAGACGUGACGGUAUAAUACUCGGUUCUUUUAUUGCCUUCUGCUUUCUGGUCUUCUUCUUCUGGUUCAGUUGA